AUUACGAUUUAAAAGUGUCCACGGAGUAGCCGGAGAUUCAUUCACUCAUCAAGUAUGAUAGUGAUACCUGUUUUGCUUUCGUUAGUUGCUGUUUGUGUGGUGACGUUUGUCCUUUAUUUAAAAUGGACUUUUUCGUAUUGGUCCAAAAGAAAUGUGUUCACGUUUCCUCCAAGUUUUCCUUUCGGAAAUGCGAAAGAUCAGUUUUACAAGAGGGCAACGUUUUCAGAACAAAUAGCCGAAGUGUAUAAAGUAGCUAAGAAAAAGGGACUACCAUAUUGUGGUUACCAUUUCUUCCUGCAGCCCAUUUUUGUACCGACCGACAUUGAGUUGGUGAGAAAAAUACUGACUGUCGAUUUUCAACAUUUCACCGAUCAUACAAACUACAUCAACGAAGAUGUUGACCCUCUCAGCGGGAAUUUAUUUUCUCUAAAAGGGGCCAAAUGGAAAGCCCUAAGAUCCAAGCUGACUCCUUUAUUUUCGAGUGGGAAAUUGAAGAUGAUGUUUCAAACGUUAGUGGAUUGUACCAAGGAUCUUCCGACUGUUUUGGAUGAAGCUGUAGCUUCAGACAGUCCCAUUGACAUAAAAGACACAUUUGCUAGAUACACCACCGAUGUAAUCGCAUCAGUUGGUUUUGGAAUAGAAUGUAACUGCUUAAAGAACCCGGAUAACGAGUUUAGAGAAUACGGGAAAAAAUUGAUCGAAGUAGAAGGGCUCCAAGCGAUCAAGACUUUGUUCGUUCUGCUAAUGCCGAAAAUACUCGAACUCGCUCGCAUUCCCAAUUCGAAAAAGGACGUGCAAAACUUUUUCCUGGGACUCACCAAGGAAACUGUCGGGUACAGGGACAAAAACAAAUAUGAGAGACAAGAUUUCAUACAACUGCUGAUGAAACUGAGAAACCAAGAGAUCAAAACUGAGUCUAGUACUAAUAAAAACAAUACGAAUGAUGGGAUUGCUUAUUACCAAAACGGUUUGACCAUGAAUGAAAUUGCUGCCCAAGCAUUUGUCUUUUUCUUUGCUGGAUUUGAAACGUCCUCGACCACUCUCAACUUCAUGAUGUACGAACUAACGACGCAUCCAGAGAUCCAAGACAAACUUAGGGAAGAAAUUAUCCAGGUCUUGGCUAAACACGACGGAAAAAUCACAUACGAAGCUAUACAAGAAAUGACCUAUUUAGAUAAAUGCACGUAUGAGACCUUAAGAAAAUAUCCUCCAGUACCAUUCUUACCGAGGAAAUGUACAAAAUCAUACAAAGUGCCUGGAUCCGAUUUAACAAUCGAAAAAGACACAGUGGUUUUGAUACCAUCAUAUGGAAUUCAUCAUGACCCCGAGAUAUACCCUGAACCCGAAAAGUAUGACCCUGAACGAUUUUCAGAUGAGAAAAAAGGGAAAAGGUCGCCCUUCACGUUCCUGGCCUUUGGGGAAGGCCCCAGAAUUUGUAUUGGCUUACGAUUGGGCCUCUUACAGACAAAGGUUGGACUGGUGGCGAUGUUGAAGGAUUAUAAAUUUACUUUAAACUCCAAAACGCAGUUGCCUAUUAAAUUGGAACCAUUUCAAUUUAUCAUGACUGCUAAAGGAGGCAUUUGGGUUGAUCCCUGCAGAUUUAAAAGAAACAAAAUGAUCGUCUUGCUGGAAGUGUUCGCGGUUACAAUUGCAUCGUUUAUUACAUUCGUAAUUUUGUUUUAUAAGUGGAAUUUCGAUUAUUGGAAAAGAAAAAAUGUUUUCACAUUUGAACCAACGAUUCCGUUCGGCAACUUCAAGCCUACAUUUUUUCGCAAAAUAUCGUCCGGGAUGCUGGUCUCUCAAUUGUACAAAGACUUGAGGGCAAAGGGGUUGAAGUACGGCGGGUUAUUUAUGUUUUUCCAACCCUUCCUAUUAAUUUCUGAUCUGGAUCUCAUCAAGAACAUUUUGGUCAAAGAUUUCCAAAGUUUUAGCGACCAUAUUAACUACAUCAAUGAAAAGGUCGAUCCCUUAACUGGAAAUUUGUUUCGUUUGAGUGGAGCCAGAUGGAAGGCCCUCAGGAUCAAAUUGACUCCAACGUUUACAUCCGGUAAGAUUAAAAUGAUGUUUGAAACUAUCGUCGAUUGUACCAAGCAUCUUCCUGGACUUAUGGACGAAUGUGUUGGGAGAUCCGAGCCCAUAGACAUCAAAGAAACAAUGGCCAGAUUUACCACUGAUAUUAUUGGAUCAGUAGCUUUUGGAAUAGACUGUAAUUGCCUGAAGAACCCGGAUACAGAGUUUAGGAAGUACGGGAAAAGGAUUUUUGAAGGAAGUUUCCGUAGGAGGAUUACAGUUUUGUUAUCAUUUUGUGUUCCACAACUGUUGAAAUUGUUCAGGAUUCCUGUACACGACAAGGAAAUGGAAAGAUUUUUCAGUACCAUUAUCAAAGACACUAUUGAUUACAGAGAAAAUCAUAAUAUUGAUCGUAAAGAUUUCUUGAAGCUUCUUAUUCAGUUGAAGAACCAGAAGAUUUCUUUAGAGGGUAAACAUUCUAAUGGGGAAGCUGGUAACACUGUUCUUUAUUCGCAAGAUGGACUGUCUUUAAACGAAAUAACUGCUCAAGCAUUCGUGUUUUUUGUGGCAGGUUUUGAAACGUCUUCAACAGCUUUGACAUUUUUAAUGUACGAAUUGGUGAUGAACCUUGACAUCCAGGAAAAACUCAGGAAUGAAAUCAACACAGUUUUAGAGAAACAUAACGGAGAAAUAACUUAUGAAGCCAUUAUGGAGAUGGAAUAUUUGGACAAAUGCUUUCUAGAAGUAUUGAGGAAGCACCCGCCAGGUACAGCCCUAUCAAGGAUGUGUACAAAAGCGUAUAAAAUCCCUGGGACAGGUGUGGAACUGAAAAAGGGUGACAGAAUAUUUAUUUCUGUAUACGGGAUCCACCACGACCCAGAAUAUUAUCCAGAUCCAGAGAAAUUUGAUCCGGAACGAUUUUCGGAAGGCGAAAAAAGUAAGAGAGAUCCCUUUGCGUUUCUACCAUUUGGAGAAGGGCCAAGAAUAUGUAUAGGUUUAAGAUUUGCAGCAAUGCAAGUAAAAGUGGCUAUAGUAGCGCUCCUGAAGGAUUACAGGUUUACAUUGAAUGCCAAAACACAGACGCCUAUGGAAUACGAUCCAGUGCAAGUUAUCAUUUCUGUAAAGGGCGGAGUGUGGCUGAAUGCAGAACGACUUUAAAGACUUUCUUUGUACUUAUUUGACUUUUUUA